GUCUUGAUUCCUUAAACAAUAGUAGUUUCUACUUUUGGAGUUUAGGGCGGCGCGUCAAAAAAAGAUCUCCAUACCAUUUUUUCCCUUUUCAUGUCUGUAUAAAAAAGGAUUUUUCUUCCCCCAAAAUCUAUCUUUGCUUUUUCGAAGUUUCUUGUUCUUAUUGUCAUAUUAAAUGUGCUUGAAAAAGUGAACUCAUGAAUAAAUAUUUGCAUCAAGUGGUCACAUAUUUCAGGACGCUAGGAAGGUUCAUUGGACCUGGGUUCAUGAUAGCCGUUGGAUAUUUGGAUCCAGGCAAUUGGGCAACAGAUAUGGAGGGUGGCUCUUCGUUUGGAUAUAGACUCUUAUUCAUUAUCUUAAUAUCAAACUUGAUUGCUGUCUUUUUACAAAAUUUGACCAUUCGUUUGGGAACGGUUUCAAAUAUGGAUCUCGCCAGUGCGUCAAGGAAACUUCUACCCCGCUGGUUAAACCUGUUUCUGUACUUUUUGGCGGAAAUAGCGAUUAUUGCAUGUGACCUUGCGGAAGUUAUUGGAUCCGCCAUCGCUCUCAAUUUGCUAUUCCCAGCUCUCCCACUUCCUGCCGGCGUUGCUAUUACAGCCGUAGAUGUCUUUAUCAUUCUUCUGUUUUACAACGAAGAGGAACAGCAAGAUCAGGCUACAAAUACCCAUGAAGAAUCUCAUAGUCAGAAAACAGUUCGCUUUUUUGAAAUGUUUGUCAUGCUGCUUGUUGUAGCAGUUGGUAUUUGUUUCAUUAUAGAGUUGGCAUACUCAGAUAUAGUAGCCGUGGAUGUAUUCAAAGGAUUUUUACCUACAAAAGAAAUCUUUACACAGCCCGAUAUAUUGUAUGUGGCUAUUGGUAUUAUAGGCGCUACAGUUAUGCCACACAAUUUAUACCUACACAGUUUUGUUGUACAAGCGCGUUGUAAACAAUGGCGCCAGCAUCGUCCCAAGGUUAUCAAAACAGAUUCAGCUUGGGUUGUGAAAAGAAACCCACUACAUGAAAAGGAAGAGCUCGUACUCAACCAUUUCGAAACAGUACCUACAGAAACAGAGAAUCAUAAACAGUCCAAUGUUUGUGACACAUCACCAACUUUUAACGACUCACGGCAAUGCCAUACAAAUGUGACCAUUGAUGAUUCGGUUAUUGACGACGUGGAUCACUGUACUAUAACAACUAUAACUACAAGGCAUAUGACGAAUGAAGAAGGACCCCUUGAUUUCAAUAGAAUUUCCAAGUAUCUUGACUCGUCUGUAAAGCACCAUCUACAUUAUGGAUUAGUCGACUUGGUCGUUGCUUUGACAUUUGCCUUUUUCGUAAAUUGUGCUAUUCUUAUUGUUGCUUCCGCUAAUUUUUAUUAUGGGCCCAAAAGCAGCGACAACGAGUCUGCUGUCGUUCAAGACCUAUUUAGUGCUCAUGCAUUACUAAUGCAAUAUCUUGGACCACCAGCAGCUAUAACUUUCGCACUCGCUCUAUUAUGUGCUGGUCAGUCAAGUACAUUGACUGCGACAUUGGCAGGUCAAGUUGUGAUGAGUGGUUUUUUGGGUAUGACGACUCGACCUUGGGUGCGGCGAAUAGUGACACGUUUGAUUGCAAUCACUCCAGCGAUGGUUGCGGCCUGCGUUGCUGGUAGAGAUGGAUUGAGCAAUAUGCUUGUUGCAAGUCAAGUGGUUCUCAGUAUACAAUUACCUUUUGCAGUUGUUCCUUUGGUUUACUUCACUUCUACAAAAAAAGCAAUGAAACUUGACUUGGUUGUGGAAACAACAGUAAAUACGCCAAAGGAAAACUCAGAAAAAACAGUCCUUCAUCAUCAUCGUCAACAACAACAGCAGAAGCCUUUGACUUUUUUCGAUCGUAUUUUACUAAAAUUGAAGCAGAAGCAAAUACAAGAACAGCAUCAACAGCAGCCAUUAUGCGGUCAAAAGGGCUUCUUUUCCGACUGGCGAUCAUUAAAAUGGAUGAACUUGAAAACGAUAAAGAAUUAUUGUUUUAGGUCUUACCAUGAUACCCCAGCAGCAAUGAACAUUCAUAGCAGCACCAGUCCGUCAACUAUCCAAAACCUGAGCUUAGACGGUUUAGAUAUACAAUCUAUGGAAGAGUUGGACAGCUGGCCUGAACCUUUGACUUACCCCAAUAAUCUAUGCGUUAAAGUUGUUGCUGUGGCUAUUUCACUUUUACUCAUUGGUCUAAACGGUUAUUUAGUUGUUUCCUUAUUCUUACAAAUCUAAAUUCUUUUGCCAAUGUAUAUGUACAUGUUAGAUAUCAUUAUUUAUAGAUACCCUUUUCUUUGGUUUAUAGUUACAUUGUAUUGAUUUUUCCGCGAUUUCACGCGAUUCCCUAUAUCUCUAGCUGACAAUAAUAAAGUAUUAUCAUACAUGCUGUUUUGCUCAC